AUGUCCGACAACACAGCACCCACGACUACCGAGUACCAGCCCAAGGAGCGGAUGACCGAUCUGCUGACCCGAUUCGAUACGGCGAUGAUGGUAAGCGAGUGCGGCAAGACGGGCCAGUACCACGCACGCCCCAUGGUGGUGGCCAGGGUCGAUGAGGGGCUCAAUCUCUGGUUCUUCACCGAGUUCUGCGCGCCCAAGAUUGAGGAGAUGAAGACCAACAACAAGCUCUGCGCCACCUUCCAGGACAAGGACAAGUGGCUCUCCCUUGCCGGCAAGGGUCGCAUCGAGAACGACAACGCGCUCAAGCAGGAGCUGUGGAGUGCCAACAGCGACAAGCUCAAGAAGUGGUUCCCCGAGGACAAGAAGCUCGACGAGCUCACCCUGCUCGAGCUCGAGACCCAGUGGGGCGAGUACUGGGACUCGACCGGCGUCAUGAAGCCCCUCCAGUACGGCGUCGAGGCCCUCAAGUCCGUCGUCACCGGCACCCGCAUGGACGCCAACAAGGCCGGCAACCACGCCAAGCUCAGCCUCAGCGACUCCACCGCCACCACGAGCCUGUCCGCCCAGUAG